AUGAAGAAGAAUCAAUCUACGUCAAAAAGUACCUACUACAAAAUUGCGUUUGCUUUUGCGUUUUGCUUUCUGGUGCUAGUUAUCAUCAUAAAAACUUUGAUUGACUUCAAUUACAAUCAAAUAAACAUUAGCCCAAGAAUGGACAAGAGAUUCACAAAGGGGACCGGAUUUCAAUCUUUUAGUAGAAUAAAUAAAAGGGUUGAUUGGAGUCAAAUUGCACUCAGUUUUGGUUUGAGUAUCAUUACCGGUGUUGCUACUGGUGCAACAUAUUUAAGUGGUAUGUUCUGCUCUACUCUACUGAAGUACUUGGUGCAAUGGCCACAACUGGCUUACUUGCUGAAGGUGGUUCUGCCUGUGUUUUGGCUGCAGGAGUAG